AGAAUACCGUUAAAAACCUCACGUUAUCGUUAAAAGCUAUCGCAAAGAUACCGUUAUUUGACCGCGACGCUUGAGCCGUGGGGGGCAUGGCGAUCCCCAUUGCGCGAAAUCCUGAGAGCGGCACAUCUUGAAAGGAAGUCGGGCUGCUAUGGAUCCGAGGCGGCCAUCGGCAUCAUUUGUUUGGGAUCUUGGUGGCGCACCACAUGAAGCAAGCCACCAGCUAGAAGACGAGCGACCUACAGUGGGUUUAGCACCGCCGUACUAUCUUCAGAGCGAAGGCAGGCAUCGGGAAGCUGUCGUGGGACGUACAUUCAGUACUUCAUUCAUGCGGAGCCCUCCAAUUCGAGCCCGGCUUACGUACCACGACGAAGAAGACCGCUACAACGGCAUGGAAGCGACCAUCGGGUUCGAUAGUAACUUGGACGAUCAAGCAUCGGUCCAAGACCAGAAUCGUGCUUCUGAGAAUCUAAAUCAAGUCCACGGGGAUUCGCGGAGCCCGUUUGUGUUUGGUGUCGUUGUUUCUAGGCGCUCGGCACGCAAGCAGCAAGCCUCCACCCAGAGUUGCGAGCAACGCAAGUGCCGGAUCGGAGACAUCGAGAGCUGCAGCAACUUUCAAGAUGCCGUAUACUCUCCGGCGGAUUCCAACAAGCGAAUUGCUACACGUUCUAACAGUGCCACCCGUAGUCGCCGCACAAGUACACUAAGCGGUACCCAGCAAGAGCGCACGAAGACACCGAAUAGCGCGCAGCAAGGGCGCAAUGGAAAGCCACCCCUUACUUCUCAGCUAAAUCGCAGUUUGCAGUCGCCCAGCAGCGAUCAAAGAGGAUGCCCUCCAACCGGCAAGUCGCCGAACGCAGCUCCGAGAGGGCGUAGCGGCAAGUCACCCAACAGCGCGCAACAAGCUCGCAGUGGGAAGUCGCCAAGCACGGCGCAACGCAGAGACCGCGGCAAGACAACAAGCUCUGUACGGCGCGUGCAAGAAAGCACCCUGUCUGCUCCUUCGGCGCUGGCAACAAGUGCCGAAAUAGUGCUGUUCGAAAUGCACAAAAAACGCAAGCCCGAGCACUCGCGGUUUAUUCAGCUCGUCUGCAAAAACGAGUACAUCGGGAUGAAUAUCAAGGACGUACGAUCGGAGCAUGCUAGGUGUGCAUACUGCAACAAGUGCGGAGAAGAAAUUGUUUUCGAGAAGUCCAACACCGCCCAUGUCACCAGGCACAUGAAAAAAAAGCACCCGAAAGAACUCAAGAAAGCAGCCGAAGAGGAGAAAGCGCGCAAGCAAAACUUAAUCCAGCCGCUGAUGCACCAAGAAUUGGGGGCACUCAGGAAACCGGUCGCUGUACUAAGUCGAUGAGACCGUUCACCAUUUCGAUGGAUAAGUACUUUCGCAAGUAUGCCCACUACCUCAACACUUCGCAAAAGCGCAUCAAAAUCAUCAAGCCUUGGAAAGCACGUGCUGGAGUUGAAGUGAUUGCUGCCCGGCUUCGUGAUGUUCUCAAGGAGAAGAUUGCUGUCCAGUGCAUUUUUUACUCAGCAUCAGCCGACAUUUCGACGUCCAAAAGUUAAUCUGCUUCACACCCCAUUAAUUGGAUGAGGAGUUUCGUAUGUGGAGCUGGGUGCUCGAGGUACGGUACUUGCCAGGGAAGCACGAUGGAUGCCGGAUUGCCGAAUCGUUGCGAGCAAUUAUGAAUGAAUGGGGGCUUCCUAUUGAAAAGUGCGUGAAGUAUCUUCGGGACGGUGCGUCAAAUGGAGUGAAGGCGUGCGAGCUGUUGAACGUCGACUCCAUGUCGUGCUUGGCUCAUUAUCUGCAUCUCAUCGUUGGGUGUGAAAUGGUCAAGAAGAAAUCGGACAAGACCUCAAAAGCGAUGAUGGCUGCUGCCAAAUCCGACGAAGACAUUGAUGCUGCCCUUGAGCAAAUUGCCUGUGAGGAAAUUGAGGCGUUUAUCGAGGAGUCGUGCGCAGCGACUUGGGCUGACUUGGAUAAGCUACGUCGCGUCGUGGAAAUAUUUCGCAAGCUUGCCGUGUAUUUCAGCCGUCCCGUGCUUGUUCCUCAAACCGAUUGUGCCACGCGUUGGAAUUGCACGCAUGCCAUGCUACUGCGCAUGCUGGAACUUCGAACUGCUCUUGACGAUUUUUUUGGACACGUCGCUAGGACGCGUGAAUUUUCAGACGCAAAAUUUGAGCAACCAACAGCUGAACUUUGGCUUGUCAUCCGAUGUUUAGUUGUGGGGGAGAAGUACCCCACACUGGUUAUGGCUGUACCCGUCCUCCGCACAAUUGAAAGGAAGAUCAAAGACGAAGAAAUGUUUGAGGCGAUCACGCGUUCGGUCGGCAAUGAAGCGUUUGUUCCGCGAGUGAAGACGUUGAUGCAGUCCGUUCGGCGUACGUACGUCACGCUUUUCACGGAAAGGUUCAAGGAGAAACUACCUAUGGAGCUGCUGUGGAUUUCAGCACCGGAUCCAAGAUCGGCGGAGCUCAAGCAUCUAAACCACGAAGAGGCUAAAACGGCUAUUGCUCACCUCAAAGCAGCUGUGUUUGAGAUGGGAAAAGAUAUAAGAGCCACCCAAUCCACCAGUGAAGAAGACACGAGGGUGGCGAAGGAUUCCUCGCGACCGCCAUCGGCUGCAAAAAAGAAUGUAGCUUGGCUUACAGAAGUAUUUAGCGGAGGGACGGAGCGGUAUGUGGAGGAAGCGCCCACCGUGGCGGAUGAUAAGCUGAAAGAUGAGUGCGAUUCUCAGGUUCGACAGUACCUGGGCGAUGCACAUGGAACUCGAGUGACUACUGAUGCUCUACAGUGGUGGUCAACGCGGCGAGGGAAGUAACCGAUCGUGGAGGCCCUAGCUCGGAAAUGGUUAGGAUGUAUUGCAACUUCUGUGCCAUCGGAGCGUGCGUUUUCCAAGAGUGGAAAUGUAGUUACCUCGAAGCGAUGCUCGUUGGACCCUGAGAUCAUUCGCGACACGUUGUUUGUCAGUGAAAAUUAUGAAGAGGAGGAUGUCAACAUUGAUAGCAGUUCCGAAGAAGAAGACGACGACGACGACGAAGAAGAAGAAAACAACAACAAUGGAGGAGGAGACGGCGGUGAUGUUGAUGGGUAGUUGACCCUAGUGUAUAGCAUUGGAAUAGCUGAUGUUUCACAUUGCAAAUAUAUUUGACACUCAUGAUCGGAGUAUUGUACUGUCGGAUUGGCUUUUACUGCACCCGCUUCGCUUAGCACUCAAAUGCACGACCUCUUCCCCGUAGUUGAUCAUUGCUUGUUCAUUUAAAGCGUCUUAGUUCCCUUGCCCGCUGCAUGUUGUUACGUGUUGUCACGUCCGCCGCCCGACGCUCUAGGACUCCCGAUGUUGGAGAAGCUGCAGUUUGCGAAGUCCAGCACCACCGCCACAAUGAUGCCGAACUGCACCGUGGGGUGCCACAAGGACUCGAAGGAUUGGGGAGCCGAGCGCUGGCCUUCUCUCGUCGUCGCUGCUGCCAAGUCUUCGUCCAGCGGCAGCUUCUGCAACUGCUCCUGCUUCUCCUUCUGGCUGUCCUCCUGAACACCUUCGUCAUCCCAGUAAGCUCCACGUCCACCGAUUCGUGGUCAAUGGGGUGCCGCUUGGUGGGCGUCAACAAGUCCGUCUGCGCGGGCGUGAGCUUGGGCUCGACGUUGUUCUCGGGGGACUUGUUGCUUCUGGAGGACCACAAGUUCUUGAUACUGGACCUCCUCCGUCUUUAGCUGCUGCUGCUGCUGCUGCUUCUCCGUCGUCUUGUUUGCAGCGGCAGCGGCGUUCCCGGUGGGCACGAGACUCAUAUUGAUCAUGCCGAGGUACUUAGUAGCUGCAUAGCGUCCGCAGCAUGCCAAUUCUGGUCACCCCCGCCCUGGUAGGACACGAGCU